CGGUGAGAAAUGGCUCCAGUAUGUGUAAGGCAUUUUUCGAGCUCAAAAUUCGAUGUUAAAUGAGUGUCGCAUCAGACGCAAUAUCUUUGCAAGUGCUAUCGGAGAUAUGCAUGCGUAAGUAGAAGUAUUUAAAAAAGGCAAUGCAGGUACGCGAGUGAAAAGCUGAUUUCAUAUGUAGAAUUUAAGCAAACUAUCACUGCAGUGUUUUUCGAGAUACGCAAAGUGCAGUGUAAGUAACAAUCAACGAAAGCAAAUACUACAACCACAGACCAGAGGAAAUAGUGACGCAAGUGAAUUAGACGAAAAAAAUAGUGUGCUUCGCGGAGUACUUUGUUGGCGGCGUUUUAUUUGUCUCUAAUUGUGCUCGCAAAUCAUUAUUCCUGUUGAAAAGUGCAUCCGUACAAACAGCCGUAGAAUCAAAGUGGUUAUUUUCCUAUAUGCACACAUUCAAAACAACGGCACACCGUUGCAUAAUUGAAUAAAUACGAGAGGCAGUGAAAUGUGUUCUCGUCUCAUCAUUGCCGUGUGAAUACACUAGUAUUAUGCCUGUGUUCCGUUAAUAAAAAAAAACACAAAAUCUGUAGAGCAACAAGGAAUACAUUGCGGUGCAAUUGUAGCGAAAAUCGUACCAGCCUGACACCACCGACUGCAGAAUAAAAAAAAAUUGGUUGGUGGCGGAGCUUCACGCUUGAUAGUACAGAUUCACAAAAAAAGAUCACCAAAUACAUUGCACUUACGUAUUGGACAUCAGUAGACAGAAUCUAAGGAUAUUGGAUUCUUGUUCCCCACGACGGAAUGCAAUAGUUUCGUACCUGGGUUACGACUAAUAGCAAACAACAUUUAGUGAAAACGAAAAAUGCAAAACUUCAUCUCUAGUAUCGAAAAUAAUACAAAGAAUGUAGAUGUAUUGACGAUCCUCAAUAUUAAGAAAUACGAUAAAGAUAUCAUCAGUACUGUUACAACAACCGCUACUGCUAAAUCUAUUACUACUGUUUCUACUACUACUCAAAACAACACAAACAAGUCUGAAUACGCUUUUAAGAAACCACUUAAUAGUUUACUAAGUUUAAUUGAGGAGGGAGUGAAGCAGGCUCAGAAGCUGUCGAAGGAAGCGAGUGAGGCGCUUAGCGAGAAAGCCUACAAGCUGCGUCUACUGUCUCAGCAGGAGCAGAAACCACUGUUACUACAAUCGAUCAAUGAGUCUGAGCAACAAUCAGGGAUUGUAUCCGAUAUUAUACUAAUCGUUAGUAAUACUUUAAUUAUUCGUAGAAGUACUGCGAUAUCCAGUAUCGAUUGCAUUGCGUUUGUGGUGACUGGUGACUCGCAACGUGGAUACCGAUUGACGUGGACCCUCGCUGGACAACAUGUAUUGAACGAGCGCCGAGCGGAACAAGAGACAGGCUACAAUACUGAGGUGAACAAGACAGACGGGAAUUUUACACAUUUCAAUCAUCUGAUCGAAAACAUGAUGAAUGAUAAUGACACUGUGAAUAUGAUAUGUGAUUCAAUUGAUUACCUGAUAACAGUAAAUACUAAUCAUAGUAUAGCAAUUAAUCGAUGUAGUAGCUUGAUCUGUAAUGACCAAAACUUAGUUCAUAAGGACAACAUAGGAAAAGCCAUGGCAAAUGAUGCAAACGAUGCUAAUACUUCCGAAAAAGCCAAACGAACCUCGAAACAAAUAACAACGUACAUUAAGUUUGAUGAUCUAUUGCGUAUGUUAGAAUGGGAAAAGACUGUACUGAAAUCCGGUGCAAAAUCACGCAUGAGACUGUGUGGAGGAGGAGAAGAUUCGAUCAAUAAUGGAACGAGUGUUUGGGGAACGCCGAACGCCAACAAUCCAGGAAAUUCGUGGGGUGGAGUGAAUACUCAACAUCCCGGUGCAUGGGGAAAUAACCAACAGGUUCCAAGUGCAUCUGGAGCAGCAGCGAAUAUGAAACAACAACAACAGCAAUCAAUUUCUGCGGCAGGAUCCGGAACUCCCCAGGGUGGAAAUCCUAUCGCUGAAAAUGCAGAGGCUAACGCAUGGGCUGGUGCAAAUUCGGUUAACCCUAAUAAUAACGGUGCGCAAAAUCAACCAAAUGGUGCUAAUAAUACCGCUAAUUCAAACAGUGGUGCCAAUGCCGUGCAGCAGCAGCAGCAGCAGCAACAACUCGUGGAAACUCCAGCUGUUCAACCAAAUCCUAAGUUAGAACGUUUGAAUACGAUGAUUGAAGCACUUCAUGCUUUAGAUGGAUGGGGUUCGGAAAAUGUUAAUCAAGACACUCGAUGGGAUGUUCCAGCGUCACCGGAGCCGGGCUCCAAACCCGAUCCUAACAGCGCUACAAGCGGACCUACAGCCGGUAUUCCGAUGUGGAAAACUAACACCGGAACGGAAAUAUGGGAAGCAAACUUGCGCAAUGGCGGGCAGAUGCCUCAACAACCGACCACUCAAAAGACUCCAUGGGGCCCAUCAACCAACAUUGGUGGUACAUGGGGAGAAGAUGACGAUGCAAAUGAACCAGCAAAUGUUUGGACUGGACCUCCCGGCGCGAAUCAAUCUGUUGCCCCUCCGCCGACCAAUACAGCUAACCAACAACCUCCAUGGAAUGCGAGCAACGCUGGGAUGUGGGGUCCUGGCGGUGUUGCACCUGGUGCUAUCAAGAAAGAUAGCGAAUGGAGCGGUGCACCAGGACCAGCUGGUGGUGGAUGGGAUCAACGUAAUACCCCAUCUGUUAACCUUCCAGCACCAGCUGCUGGAAUUGAUCCAACGAAUAUCGAGAUAAGAAAUAUGCGUAUCACCAGUGGAAUGGAUGGUAACAGAGAGAUUCGUGGCGAUCCUCGUGGAAUUUCCGGUCGUUUGAACGGAAACGUUAAUCUUUGGGAACAGCAUCAACUUCCAGGGAUGGCUCCAAAUAAGAUUCCACAGGCAACUACACCUAACACACCGUCUGGUGGUGGUCAAUGGCCGAAUAAUCCAAUCGCAGGUCACAAUAAUAAGAUGCAAUCAGGCUGGGAUGAUAAUUCUUCCCAGGGAGUUCGUCGGAAUACCGAAGAAGGAACUGCUCUUUGGGGCCAAAAUACACAUAGUCGGCAAAAUUCAAAUGUUGGACCUUCCUGGAAGGAUGGUCCGGAAGGUCUCCAACGGAAUUCAGCGCAACGAAAUUCAAUUGUGGGAGGUAAUUUGCCUGGUCCCUCCAGUCGUCUUGGAAACAACGGUCCCGUCAAACCAGACAACCUCUGGGGACAGAAUAACGUCGGAGGACGUGGGAAUAGUGGUUGGGACGAAAACAGCGGUGCUAAUUGGGAGGAUAAAAAUUCCGGUUCGUUAUGGAACGAAAAUGCAACUGCUGGUGGAAACUGGAACAAAAAUAAACAGAUGGGUUCCAACUGGAACGAUCCUAGCGCUGACAUGAACUCUGAAUGGGGAGCAUACAGUAGCGGCGGUUUGAACAAAACUUCGGACAAAUUGAAUCAGUUGGAAUUUAUCCGUUCUACCAAGCAAUACCGUCUGAUCUGUGACAUGGGCUUCAAGAAGGAAGAUGUUGAAACAGUUCUGCGUUUGACGAAUAUGAAUCUCGAGGAAUCUAUUGAAAUGCUGCAAAGAAACGCAUCGUCAGGAGAUUGGCGUAGAACGGACGAUCAUGGAGCCGGAUUCGGCAAUCAAUUUAGUGGCAACCGGUUCUCGGCGAAUAGUGGGAAUUCAUCUCUUCCAUUUCCUCCAAACAACCAAAAUCUUAUUAGCGGGUUCGGUGGUAAUCCUAAUAUCAAUUCGUUUAACAACAUGAAGUUUGGGGCAGGACAUGGUGGCGGUCCAAACGGGACUACCUCGGGUCUGUUCAAUCAGCCUUCGGCGCUCAAUCAAAAUGCACAAUCCCAGCCCUCGACACAGCAGCUGCGCAUGCUUGUCCAACAAAUACAAAUGGCUGUUCAACACGGUUACCUGAACCAUCAAAUCCUCAAUCAGCCAUUGGCACCGCAAACUUUAUUGUUGUUGAACCAACUUUUGAGCCAUAUCAAGCACUUACAAAUUAUGCAAAGCAAUCUAAAUCGCAGCGGUGGGGGCGCUGUUAACCCGGUACAAAUUUCUCUCGGAAUCAAUAAACUCAAAACACAAAUUGGCCAUCUGCAGAAUCAGAUAACAGCGCAGCAAGCAAUCUACGUAAAGCAGCAACAACAACAGAAUAACCCCAACACGAUGUCUGGUGGUGGUGGUGGACAUCCUGGGAACGACCUAUUCCGCACCCCGAACGAUUUAUCUGGACUUCCAACUAAUUUCUCUGAUAUGUCAUUAAAGGACAACGGCAAUCCGUUCCCCUCCAGCGGAGGUACUAGUCAGCAAUCUCGGUUAAACCAGUGGAAACUUCCAUCGUCUUCCGCAGUGGAAAAGGACUCUGAUUUGACCGAUUUCCCUAGAGCACCAGGGCCUACCUCUAAACCAUUGGUGGGAGCGGGACUCGGAAUUGAUGAUAACACAUGGUCGAAUGGACGUGCCAACAUUGGUGACGGCUGGCCAGAUACGAAUGCUCACGACAAAGAUUGGGUUGCUAAUGCAGAUGCUUUUACUGAUUUAGUUCCAGAGUUUGAACCUGGAAAACCAUGGAAGGGUACCCAGCAAACUCGUAUCGAGGAUGAUCCAACUAUAACCCCAGGGAGCGUUGUACGGUCUCCACUUUCCAUUGCUGCCAAAGAAUCGAAUCUUUUCGCCAACGCCAACAGCAACAACAACAUUAAUAAUAAUAACAAUACCAUCAACCGCAAAUCGCCGCCAACUGAACCAAUUAAUAGCUCCACUUGGAGUUUCAAUGCAAGCAGUACUCAUGGUGGUGGUUUUAGUGGUUCGAAACUGUCGAAAAAUCCAUGGCCGGACAGCAUCGUUCCGCCUGCAGACUUGUGGGAUAAUUCACUCAGCAAGGGACGCGUGGCUCCUCCUGGGCUGAAAAAUUCAGGCGCAAAACUCGACGUCAAUGGGUGGAAUAGUUCUUCGCAUGCUGGAGGUUGGAACAACAGUGGAAUGUCAUGGUCUUCGUCUUGGAUUUUGCUGAAAAAUAUCACAGCACAGAUUGAUGGUUCAACGUUACGCACAUUGUGUAUGCAGCAUGGUCCGCUGAUAGCAUUCCACGUGUAUCUGAACCAUGGUAUUGCUCUUUGUAAAUACUCGUCACGCGAGGAAGCUAAUAAGGCCCAGUUGGCGCUCAACAAUUGUAUGCUGGGCAACACCACGAUUUGUGCCGAAAUACCAACUGAAAGCGAUGUGCAAAGUAUAAUUCAACAUUUGGGACCUCCGAGCGGAUCCAACGGGAUGACUGGCGGCGGUGGUCAAUCCGGCGGUCAAAACUGGAGGUUAGGAGCCGCUGCUCAGGCACCACCCGUACGUGCGCCAGCCGUCGAUACAUGGGGCUCAUCCUGGCCAAGUAGCGGUGCUGGACCAAACCUGUGGGCUCCGCUGGACGGUCCAUCCGACCGGGGUACUCCAGCGAAUCUGAACUCAUUUUUACCCGAGAGCUUGCUUGGUACUGAAUUGAACUAAGCUGGAAUAAGAAUACAAAACAAACGAUCGUAGUUAAUUAAGUGAAAAAAGUAAGCAAAGUCUAUAGCAUAGAACGAUUUUGUUGGACAUCAAAGAACGAUGGUAGCUGCAAGGCCUGGGUUUAAAAAGAAGUGUCUUUUCACAGUCAGCGGUUUCGUCUGGCGUAGCAUUAAGGUGUUGUGAAUGUUUUUAUCAUUUUUAAAUAACGAUAUACAAUUGAUAUAUAUAUUUGAAACGAACAUAAUGUAAAACAUACAUAACCUAAACGCAAAAAAACCAACACAAAUCCACACGAAACAUUUCAAGUCAAAGAAAAAUUCUAGUUGUAUGUUCAACAUGUUAAGUUUUAUAUUUGUAAACUAAUUUCGCGAGCGAGAGGAUGCGAGUCCUCUAAAAACAAAACAUACAAAUCCUAUUAAGUUUAAGUUGGUUUAAGUAUAUGAUAACACGGAAUUUCGUUCUUUUUUGAUUGAAUGAUUUGUACUAGCAGCAUUCGUUUCCGCUGUUUUGACAUAAAAAGAUGACGGUAAACGCAUACACAUUUCAGUCAGUGAAAAUAAAAAGUCACAAAUAUGCACAUUUUGUAGUAGGUGAAAGCAAUUUAUGAGAAAAUCAAAUGUGGUAUUAGUAUAUAUUUCGACAUAAGCAAAUCUAUAUGAAAUAAACAAACAAGUAAUUAAUGCUAAGAAAGACAGUCGGAAGAUACCUUUUGCUUCUUCGGGCAAAAUGUGUGGAAAAAUAUCCAACAAAAAAGGAGCUGUUAUAAUUUUUACUAAAUGAUAGGACCUUAUUCGAUUCAUUCGAGCCUAAAAACGCUUCUCAACGAAUGCCAUUUAAAAACAAAGCUUUGAAAUUUAAGAGUAUUGUUACAUUUACAUUACGCGCUAGUGCUGGUAUUUUGAGAACUUCUGAUUACAAUGAUUAUAUUUAAGCUUAGGCAAACCUUAAAGACAAGCGAGAAGCUCGAAAGCUUUGCGAAAGAACAAGUGAACACAUUUUCCUCAUUUUAAUUCUACUUUUUAAAAGAUCAUAGAAAAAUAUUGGUUGUAUUAUUUAUUUCAAAAUGUAUUUUAUAGUUUAUUUUAAGGGAAAGUAUGUGUGUAAAGGUCAGCCUUUUUUCGCGAUACAAUGCCAGUUGUACAAUAUUGUAAAUCAUUAAAAAUAUCGAGGUGAUAACGUUCCACUUUAAAUUUUGUCCCCGAAACAAAUAAUUAUCAGCUCAUCGUCCAUUGUAUUCCGUCAAAUGAUUGGCAAUGGCACUAAACAGUAACCAGUGAUUUUGGUUAGAUAUAAGUGACAGGAGUUCAAAGCGAAGUAAUAAAGCUAGUAUUGGCCAAGUGUAUCUUACCUGCAGUACCGUACUAGAAAAGUGAUGAAUGGCGAAGGUUAUUUUCUAGCUCAGUUAACAACGUUAUUGCACAGAGCAGUGGAGCCGAGUAAGAGAAAAAAAGGUUAUCAAAUGUUCAAAUUCGGACAAAUUUUUAUCUGAAGAAAUACACUAGAAAGGUUCGCUGGAAGCGUUUGUGCAGUUAGUUGCUAACUUCUUCAACAGAAAUUCUACCAAAUAAUAGCGUUAUUGUUUUACGGACUGAAUUGAAACGUACAAAUAUAAUUGAAACUGAUGCUACAUACUCCCUUCUUAAUUGUAUCGAGAGAAUUUCUUUUGUGGUGGGUGGUUCAAUGAUGGUUGUGUCGUUUGAUAUUGCUCAAAAAUCCUCUAUGGAUGCACUUUGAUACAUUGGCAUCAAAAGUGCGUAUAAUGUACGCAAAGUACGAACUCGCAUUACCAGAUCAUCAAUUUAACCCUUUAUAAAGUCGUGGAAACUAGGCAACGAAUCGACUCCAAUUUCAGAGAACAUAAUCCUUACAUGAGGAAUAACACAUAUUUACCAUUGAUUAAAAAAAUCUAUUGAAACAGUUGAAAAAAUUGCUGGCAAUAUAAUUGCCUCUGCUCGUUAACCCCGUUAACAAUGGUGGUAAUAUGUUUGCCACUGUGCGUUGACCGUACAAUAUUGAAAUAAUAUUCCAAGUGCAGCGAAACAAAAUGAUGAUGAUGUUGUUGGAUUAAAGAGGCUUUAAACUUUUCAGUUCAUUCGCCUCUAACGAAACAAAAAUGUUUCGUUGGUGGCUAUAUAGUUGCCACGGCCUUAUAAAGGGUUAAAGUGAGUAUAGUUUUAUGUUUUUUUUAUUAAGAAAUCAUUGAACACAUGUGUUCUGUUGAAGGAGAAUCAAGAUGCACUAGCAUAUUGUGAUGUGGCAUUUCAAGUUAUCGAUUUGAUAUUAUUACAGAAUCCUUACUUAUAUCUUCCAAAAAUCAACCAAAUCAUGUAGUUCCAAAAUUAAAUUACAAAACAUUCAAAUCUUAAUACAUUCUCAUCCACUAUGUGCCAAAAUAAAAUUUUGUUGAGAGGAAAAAUAUAUUUUACAUAAACGAGAGAGAGAGAGAGAGAGAGAAUAUUAUUAUUGUUGUUGUUACUUGCGUCAUUCGAUUCGCUUCCAACGAACCGAUAGUGGUAUACUUCGUUUCGCUCACUGUCACUCGAAACGAAAGCUUUCGUUCGUAGCUUGCCAUUUAGUAUAACCCAAAAAUAACUUUUAACGCAUGGCAGAAACAAAAAUCAUCGCAACCGACUACCCUUAAGAAUUAGUCCGCGUUAGCAUCGUAGGAUCUAGAGGAAAAAUAUUUAAUUCUAACUGUUUUUGGAAUAUGAACCUUUCAACUGUCUUGUGAUAUCAACGGAAAAGAUUGUUUUGGAAUGUGCUCCAGUAUCAUUUUUUUGCGUGUGACAAAAGUAAGCAUCGAUUGAGAAAAAAAUGUAGUUAAUUCGUCAUUCACUUCGAGGAAGAUUAUAUGUCAUGCAGUGUUCAUAUUUUCAUUGUGAAGUUUUCUCUGGGUUUACGUUGUUCUUGCUGUAAGCUGUCAUUCAUGUUCGAAUUUCGAUAUUGUUUUAGACCAUAAUGUGUUGUUGUUAUGUUCUUCCCAUUUGACGGUUGUUUUACGCAUACGGAAAGAAGGACAAAUAUUUUUUUUCGUCAAUUAUCAAUUGGUUUGAAGCAGUGGUAUUCAACUUUUUUUAUUUGGGCCAUAUACACGUGUUAGUCAAGGUUUUGGGUAUUGCAGACCGCGAUGGGGCAGUGUUAUGUAGAAUCCAUUUACUCAGCGUUCUCUCAAGUUUUCUAAUAAGUGCGAAAAUCAUAAUGGUUUGAAUUAAAGUAAUAUAAGAUACCGUCGUUGACAACCAACAACCUCGUUCCCUUGGCAAGCAUCAAACUAGUAAUUACAUGUUCUCACAUAUUCUGUCAUGAUCACAAUACUACUAAUAUGUAUAUUACUAAUGUUGAUGUGCGAUGCUUGGAACAUCUCAACUUGAAUCCUGAGACGACAUAAUUCAAAAACAAGACGGAAACAUUUUCGCAGUUUUUAUUGGCGUAUCCUGUAUUUGGCUUUUUUUUUCGAAAAACAUAUUUUCAUUUGGACUCAUUUGGCGUUACCUGCCGGGAGUUCAAUAUUUCGACAAUUUUGCUUAAUAACAAUGUUAGCAAUAUGCAAUCGAUUACUCACUGUUGACUCGAGGUUAGUAUUACAAUGUGCUAUCUCCCAAUGAUCUGUACUUCCUUUUGGGAUGUUUCUCUAACGAAAAGCUCAACGUCCUAUAGUCAUCAUCAUUAUAGAAUCAUUAUAGAACAUCAUGUGGUUCUUCCACAGUAAAUUGUACAGGAAAUUAUUCAGGAUUGGUGAAGGUCCACGAUUAUGAAGCUUUUCUGCUAGAAUUUCAAUGGAAACUGAAUCAAAUGCCCCUUUGAAUUCGAGAAAAACAGAAGUCAUUUGUUCUUUGCGAGCAAUGCAAUUUGAAUUUCAGAAUAUAGCAGUACGAGAUUCGUGCCUUUACUUCUGCAGAAGCCAAACUGCGUAUUUGACAGUAAAUCGUUUGUUUCGCCCCACAUAUGGUCGGUGUUAAGUCAGACCGGACCAUGUGACAUUUUUAUGAUUUCGAGAAAAACGAGAUUGAAGUUUGGUGCUAUAAGGGAUCCCCAUUAAGCGUUCAAAACAACUGCGAUAAGUUAUUCCUGCUGUACGCGUGAUUUUCCAAAUCUGAUAAAUGUGGAAUGUAGCUUACAAGAUGUUUAACCUAAUGCAAUCAAUAACUCGAUAUUUUUAAUUUUGCGACUUGGUCCGCUCUGACUUAACACCGACCAUAUCCAAACGAAGUGGAAUCAUUUUCUCUCAAAAUUAACGAACACAGUAUAACAUUACAAUCGGCCUAUACGGAAGGUGAUCGCAAUUCGGCUUGUUGGGUUUUCGUAUGGAUUUCACUCUCACUUGUCUCCAGUCAUGCGGGACAAUAUUCAGCUUCAGAAACUAGUUGAACAAGUUCAGCAAACGCUGUUUCGCCAAGUCGAGAAGAUUCUUCAACAAGUUGUAUUUAAUCUUGUCCGACUCCGGAGCUCAAAUGUUACUCCUCUCAUGGCAAUUGAGAAUUGUACCAUUAAAAAAUUUCAUGAUCUCUUUGAAACGAAAUGUUGCGUACGACUUUUUUUUUUAGCAGGGACGGAACGGGGGCAAACCUUCUUUGCAAUUUCUCAACGGUCAGAGUAUUCCUCAAUUUUUUGUGGUUCCAGCCACGCAUUCUCUUAGCCAAGUUGCAAAAAGUGCUCAUAGCGGUCUCCCUUGACAAACCAUUGACGAACUUUCACCAAUGCCCACGCUUUUUUGCUUUAAACAAACCCUUUAGUUUGACAGCAGCAGUGGCGCAUGCGGUAAAACUAAUGCAAAAAUACACAAAUACUGUCACAAAAUCAGCGCGGCUCGUCACUUCCAUCAAGCCACCGCAGCGGCUCAGUACCAUACCCGGGCCGCUGUGUGUGGUUUCUCUCAUUUUUAUCCCCCCAAUUUUUAUCAAGCCCCCGCCGCCGCCUGUCAUUAUGAAACCCGUGCGAAAGAAUUGCCUAAUGUGUUUUCAUCUUAUUAGAUGCAGUCAAUUUAUCGUGGCUAAGUUUUGCUGUGCACAUACUCUACUUGAACUUAUCAAGUUGGCUUCCCAUGACUAUCUCCCAAAUUUGAUUUUUUCGUUGUCUAUCGAAUGUUUUUGUAUUAGUACAAUCUGAAAAGAAGAAUUGAAUAUUUUUGUGAUAUUUAACUACAAAAAAAAGGCUUCGGUAAGACAGAGGAACCUGUUCCAGAAAACGAGACGAGCAAUUCGUCAUUCACGAUACUACUCAAAACUAUCCAGCUGUACGGAAAGCUCGCCAAUUUAGGGCAGAACUCCAUAAAUACUUUAUGAAAGGCAGUACGCGUUCCCUGAGGAAUUCUUUGUACAACUUUGUACAACCUUUUGUGACAAAAACCUUGGUUUUCACUUCACAGGUGCAAAUUUAUUGCCAGAUCAUAAACCAAAUUUAUCUACGAAAUUUACCGGGGACCUCUCGUUUCUAGACUAGUUGAAAUUUUUGAUCAGGAAGCUUUCCGAAAUCCAUUCAUCGUCAAUGAACAGGCAUCCUUGGUACCUAAUCAGAGCCAUACUCUGCUCCAACGUCCUGAUUGAUUGUUUGCUUGCAUGGCAAGAACGAAAUCCUGCUCGCAGACGAAUCGUUCGAAUAGUACAACGAGCAGCAUUUCAUUGCAAUUCAACGCUUUCCUAUCCAGCUGACGAUUUUAAGUUCCACUACUACGCUUCAAUUCAGCCGCUCGGACUACAUUGUGCUACUCGUGGAAAUGUCUUAGCACAUCAGUAGCCGUAAUCGUUACGUAACAAAAUUCUAUUUUUAUUCCUAAAUGAAUGCUUGAACUAGCUUCGAUUCUGGGACCGAAUGGGGUUUGUUUCCUGAACCAAAAUGAUGAAGCACGUGUUGUAAUGGAAUUUACAGCAGGCACCGAUUAAUGUAUCUCGAAUAUCGUGUUUAUCUACCGGAUCAUGAUUUUGUCAUGGCUGCUAAACAUAGGGCCUGAUUCUCGAAUACACUUCACGGUGGAAACGAAAUAAACGGCACGCCAUUGAACUACGUUUUACGGGUUAGUAAAGUGUCGAAGAUAAGUUUUCAGGCAGAAUGAGCACUUUUCAAAUAAAAAAUCAUAAAUGAAAAUUAACUUCAUCGUAUCAAACUGGUAUUCAAUGUGAGUGGAAAACUUUGUUUUCUUCAUGUGAUAUAAUAAUCUCAUACAAAAAUUUCAUCUGAAGAUAAUUUGAUGUUAUAAUGAUCAAUUUAGUGGGAAACUAAUCUCGUAUCCAGAUGUCGACACCGUACCGUUGUCAUCACGAAUACGUUUCAUUCCGUUUCCACCGUGAAGUGUAUUCGUAGUGUAUUCGAGAAUCAGGCCCAUAAGCUUAUUCCGUUUGUUAUCACAUGAUACGUUGCAGUUGGUUCAGGAAGGCACUGCUCUUCGAACGCAUUUUCUCAUGGGCUCGAUUUUUAAAGGGCGUGCGAGCUGCCAGAAUUCAUUUUUUUUCUCUAUUAUAGUGACUUUCAACACAUUUCGGCUGGUUCGUCAUUUUUACUUCCAUUUUUAGAAGAAUGUCGGGAGUGAGAAUUGAACUCGUGAUCUCUGCGUGAGAGGUAUGGAUGUCACCAGUAUGCCAGAUCGCCUCCACACAAUUCAAAAUUAUUCGGCAUCAAGAAAUGAUCAAACAAGUUCAUUCUUCCCGGGAGUUAGCAGGUUCAACACUUCCUUCCUUCCAGGGACCCGGAACUGAAAACGAAACAUGUUGAGUAUGCAGGGAAAUCGUUAGUUAAUGCAUGCAACAAACCGCAUUUUUAGCGUUACGUAAUUUGUGAACCAUGCCUAUUUUUUUAAAUCUUUAUCUUUAUAUUUCCGUCACGUUUAUUGCGAAUCACCGACCUGGGAGGCGACUCCACCAACUGUUUUCUACCUAUCAGACUCAUCAAUUCAUGUACCCGGGCAACAGCUUUACUUCCCUUCCGAAGGAACACGUAAGCAGAGAUUUUUCGCCUCAGAAAAUCCCAACGACGCCAACUGGAAUUGAACCCAGACUGCUCGGGUUGUGAGGCUGUUACGCUCACCACACAACCACUGGCGCCGUCUACCACGCCAAUCAUCUUAACUAAUUUUUUUUCCACUUAACUUCAUGCUGCAACACAAUAUUCUGUAUUUUUUCUAUCAUUUCUGGUGUUGUCAACUCUAUUAGUCUUCCAGGGCGUUUAUCAUCCAGAAACCUUGUGCGACUAUUAUUUGGAACAUAAUUGAUUGUGAUUCGUUCAUUUUUCCCAAAAUACAGAACACGUUGAAAUGAAACCUUAGAAAGGAUUAUAUUUUCAAAAUAAAAUGAUAUUUAUUCACUACCAUGAUCGUAUCAGUAUAGGGAACCUCUCAUACUUUGUAGUAUGUAACAUUUAGUGGCUAAAGUGUGUCCCACGUCAAAUUGCAUCACGGAAAAAAACGCUGUAGAAAAUUACCUAGUUGACCGAUCCUUUUCAAAUUUUCAGAUAAUAAAAUAUAACCCAUUAGUAAACUUUUGGCAUAUUUAUUUCAUUCAACUUCAAUACCAUAACCUCGCACCUUACGCUUAACGCCACGAAUUAGGCUUUGUUCAAAUUCUGGCUGCAGCUUCUUCUGUACGGAAACCCGCUUUUCCUUCAUGUCUUGCUCAGAUUUAACUUCUUUGGUAUGCUCCCAUAAUGCCUGCUUCAUAAUAGCCCACUGUUUUUCGAUGGGUCUUAGUUCCGGUGCGUUGACUUUCCCACCGCAUUUUGCCGUUCGUCACGAUUUGGAGCCUUCUGCACUUUGUACGUAUGCAGUCCCUUCCGAUCCUUGACUCUCUAAACGAAAUACUUGGACAGAUUCAACUUUUUGGCCACAUCCAUGACCGAAGCAUUGGGAUUCGCUUAAACGCUUUCACGACACGCUUGUGAUCUUGAUCACUAGCAGAACAUCCAUUCUGACCGCAUUUCUCCUUCCGUUCGAUGCUCAGAGCUUCGUAGUAACGUUUUCACACGACUCACCGUUGACUACACAAUUCCGAGUUAUUUUCCGAUGUCCCGAUGGGAGAGUUGAGGAUUUUCCAGGUGCUUGCGCAAAAUCAAUUCGUGGCGUGACUUUUCGAGUGACAGCAUAUUUUCUAAUUUUCGAAAAACUGAUAGCGAUAAAAAUACAGUGUAAACAAUACACUCUAAACUACUUCUGCCCAAAUUUUCCAAAAAAAAUCCCAAUGGGUAAUUUUCUUCAAAGUUUUUUCCGUGAUGCAAUUUGAUGUGGGACACCCUUUAGCUCAAGUAAACUCUACUCUUCAAUUCAAAUCAUGCAAGUGCCAUCCGAGUUCUCAUAAUAUCCAGUUUCAGAUAGCCAAAAUUCAUGAAGACAGGACUAGGAGGCAAUACAAGGAUUGCAGGAAAUGCACGGAAUUAGCGCUGGCAAAGCCAAAGCAUAACCAUGCCUAACACAUCCGCAAACGUAUUCUAGAUGUAAAAAUAUUCAAAGAGCGAAUAGGCGCAACCUGAUUUUCCUCAAGAGACUCUAAUGCCAAAUUGAUUAUACAAUUAGUUAACUUCAGAAUGCUGACAAAUGAAAAUGAACGAACGAUGUCCAGUGUUUACGGUAGCAAAGUAAACGAGUAGGCGAGUGAUUUUUCAAGAGAAGCACAGUGAAAUUAUUCAAUACUGACUUACAGAAGGCCCCACAUUAUCUAAUCGAUAUUCCUUUCUCGAAUAGCGAAAUUAUGCAUUAUUUCGUGACCGGACCAUACGCGUUAAUCCUCUGAGCGUUUAUAUCGUAUUUGAAAAAAAAACUUUCAUGUACAAUAGAAAAAUCUCAAUGAACAUAUACUAAUCAGUAGUUGCAACAUUGAUAGUUGGCCGAAAGCUAGGAACAAAACGAAUCCAUUGAUUUUACCAAAAUUCAAACGACACCUAUCUAUUGUGAUAUUUGUGAGAUAUUCCAUCGUAAUAUGAAAAUCAAAGUUUACCAUACCUGUUAUCUUAGCAGCGCAAUGAGAGAAAGGCGGUAUUCAACCAAGUUUUGGCGUUCAGAGAGUAACAACGACUUAUCGAUUCGUUCAACUUUUGGAUUACUGGAAUUUGACCAAUUUUCUAGACAAAUAGAUUAUUGCACAGAUGAUGCUGUGAUAAAAAGGCUCAAAUUGCAUCCACUGUUACUUGAGAACAACGUGUUGCUAGUUACCAUUAUCAGUUAGAUAAAAGCAAAACAAAACUUAACAUCACUCGAAAUCAAGACUCAAUUACACCUAGGAAAAUAUGCAGACUAAAACCGGGACAUAUACACAAACUUGAUUGUAAUCUUAUGACCAUUUGAAUCGGUAGAAGGUAGAUUUGCACUGGCGACUUAACAGUCCACGCGAACCAUCGAACCAUAUUAUUGGGUUCUCUCGAUAUCCGGUAGACUACGAUACUUUUUAUUUCAAAUUAGUGCAAACGAUUGCUUGAUGUCACUGCUGAGGCUAUAAUAGAUUUAGAAAACUUAUUCAUUACUACUGAAAAAUUCCCACGCUUUUCCAUUCCUCACGAAGAAAACGUUUCAAGAAAAGUACACAGAUGGACAUAAGUCUUCGUCAUAUGCAUCUCUAUAUUAUGAUUGAUAUUUUUCGGCCAUACCAAGACCCGCCCAUCUGGUCUGUAAACGUUGAAUUUACUCUUAUCAGAGAAUAGCACCCUGAUUGAUUCUGGUACUCUUUUGCAAAGCCUAAUCUCUUAGCUUGAUUAACCUUACUUAUUGAAGGCUUAUUACGGCAAACACGAACAGUAUACUUGGUCUUCUUCAAAAUUCCACGUACUUUUGACGAAGAUGUUUUUGGUUCUUUCUCAAUAAAUUGUAGAAUUUUUCGCCUCUCUCUAGAGGUCAACUCGCAUGGACAUCCUUUUCUUUGUUUAUUGUCGGAGUUUUCGGUAUGUUCAAAUCUUUUAAUUUUGCUCUGAGCUGUUGUUCUUGGCCUAGUAUUCGCUAUUUCGGAAACAGUUUUUUUUCAAGUUUAACAAGUUCAAAAUAUUUUUUAUUUCUUCCACAGUAGUUUUCUUGCCUUUCAUACCCAUUUUCUGGAAAUUUGAACAGAAAAUACACGAAAACGCACUAAUUCAACUUAAAUCAAACAAAAGUGAAUGAAAAACGUCAGUUUCAUGCAUAUGCAGUGUUUCCAGCUUUCGUGUGAUACACAAGGAAACAUUUUUUUUUGUGACGAAUAUUUUUGUCCACCCUAUAAUGUGGUACCUAACUAUUGUGCUCUCAGUGAAUAAUAAUAGUAGAGGGUUCUAGAAACAAAAUCAAUCGUUAGAUAAUGAUAAUUUCACAGAACCUAUCACACAUGAAUUAAUCAAUGGAUACGAAAAACAAUUGCCGUGGACUAAUACAACCUAUAACGAUGAAAGCAUGAUGGGUACUUAUGUCCAUCCGUGUAAGCUAUUAACGGCCACACUAUCCAGUAACGACACUUGCAAGCCUCGCUUCACUACAGUAGAGGAGGAUCAGUGUGGCAUAAACUGGUGUCAAUUGCUUAUGGCGCAAUUAUCAGAGCAAGGAACAUUGCAAUUUCCACUCCGUGUGAAACAAUAGUUUACCUAGUUGUUUCAGCAAUAUUGGGGGCGCACGAAUCGUAACUUUACAACACACGGAAAGGUUUAGCACGCUGCACAACACACAAUAUUGGAGGCAAGAAUACGAAUCAUAUGUACUGCAGAUUUUUCUUUUCCUCAAACAGAGAGCAAAGGAAUGUUGAAUCCACACGUAAAGAACAAUAGUUUACUAACAAUAAUUAAAUCUGAUACGGCGAAGUGUUCAUUUGAUUAAUAAUGCGAAAAUAACAAAAAUAAAAAAACCGUAAAAUUUUCUUACUUUAAGUGAUUCAAAACUAAAUGAUAAAAAUCACAUUUAGAUUCACUGAAAAAAAAACAAAAUAUAAUAAUAAAACAAGACUGAUUUAACGAUAAUGGUUAAACAAAAGAAGAGGAAAAAACAUUAUAAUAAUUACAAUCACGUGUGAACAACAACAUAUAUAUACGUAUCAUGAUUUCUACCUAUAUUAUCGAUGUGUAAUCGAUAACGGAAACAGAAAAAAGGCGAUCAAAUUCAAGGAUUGUUUUUCGAGUGGUCAUCACAUCCGCACCCUCCUACGCGGUUUGAAUUGUGUGAUGCGACAAAAUUAGGGCAGCAUACGUAAGUGUGAAGCUUGCUAAAUCACAAGUUCGCUGGAAAUUCUUCUCGUAAUAUCCAACGCACGAGAAGGCUUGUCCGUGAAUUGGAAGACAACCAAGACACCGUCAGCUGAUGAAAAAAAAAAGAAAAAAAAAACCUCAAUAAAAAUGAUCGACCCUAGCUGACGACGACGAACAGUCAAUCAUGUAAACCAUAUCAGUUCCACUUCAACUUGCGCGCUUUAUUCACGCACACUUUGGCCUUUAUUAUGUUUUGAGUUCUCUACGAAUUAUUACUCAAUUUCCUGAGUGCGUAAAUAAAAUAUAUAUAUUUGCUGGUGCGUUCAAUUGGUAGAUUGUACAAUUCCUCUGCUCUAACACCUAGACAGUAUAGAAAAUAUAGAAAUAUAAACUUGCGUAGCUUUUAUCUUAUGAACCCCCCACCCAAAGUAUAAUGUCCUCUGUGCGCAAAAAAAAAGGUUCGGUGUAAAAAUAUAACAAAAAAAAAACACAUGUUUAACGAGAUACCACUAUUCGAACCUCAACAAAUUCGGGUAAAAUUGUCAGGAUAUAAUCUCCUCGUUCAUUUCCAUAGUAAUAAAGCAAACACAUUGCAAAGCUAAUCGAAAACGCAAUGUCAAAUUCAAAUUUGAGAGAUACAUUCUAGUCACGAAAGCUGUGUUAAUGAAAUAUUCAGCGAUUCCCUUGCUUAAUAAUUGUUUUUCAUCGAGUGUUGUUUUCCAUUAAGUGCAAGCGCGAGAAAAUAAGCGGGAUGUACAUGCGCUGUCCCCGCGUGCGAUGUUUGUGAAUAUCCAGAGGUAUUUCCUUUUUUUAAUUCAACAUUCGUGAUACUAUAGUGUACAAUACAUAAUAAAGCCACUAACCCGGUAACACAAAAUAUCUCCACGCACAACUAUGGUUUACUAGCAUGAACUAAACAAUAACUGUGUUCCAUACAUAUUUGUGCAUGAUUUUGAUUGCUAAUUCUAUUGCGAAAAUUACCCUUCUCCCAACAGGUGCUGUGUAGAAAAUAAUACCUAAAUAAGCGUACUUAGACCAUUAACGCUACCACCUCUCUUAGGCUAACUCUUAGACGAAGAAGAAGACAAAACAAUACACAAAAGUAAUCUACCAUGGUGCGUCCUUUAACGGCAAACAAGAAAAAAGAAACUGAAUUAUAAGAAUAAGAGAUUGUGAUAAAUUUAUAUCUUGACGUCUUAUAAUACACAACCACAACAACAACAAAAAAACAACGGGAAAAACACGUAUAGAAUAUUUUCUCACAGUUUACGAAUCAUUCCUUUCUGACGAUGAAGCAACACUGAGAACGGUUACUUUACUCAUUGUUUUAUCCUUCUUCCAUUGACAAUUUGGUUCCCGAUGGGCACUCUUUUUUACAGUUUAGUUGCAACACGACCACACAGCGACCCACGCCUACAAAUUCCAUCGGAAUCUGUUCCAACAAAGCUCAUUGAAAACAAAUGAUAAUAGAGAACAUUUCAAAGAAGAAGAAAACAAUAAACUAAAUAAAUAAACUACCAAACGAAUGAGCGAAUACAAACAUAAACUAUAAACGGUAAGGCAAGGAGUGGCAAAGGAAGGGAACUUUCUCGUUCUGUUUAGAGACACUAAUAGAGUUCUGUGGACGAAGGGAUAACAAAGCAUACAUAACACAAUCAAAUUGUAUUUUACCAAAAAGAAAACAACCCGACAAAAAAUUCUAAUGAAAAUCAUGCGAAACAAGGGCAGAAGUAAUGAUCAUUAAAAUACAAUAAAAUGAAAUCGUGAGAAAUGUUUUGCCUUUGAGAACACUAUUUAUAUGAACAAUAGCAUCUAAAUAAAUGUAGCCAAAAAUUAAAAAAAAAAAUGAAAUACUAUAAUAAUUUAAACGAUAUUAAAAAUAUCAAUAAACAAUGAUUAAUUGAAGAAAAUUGGUGUCCAUUAAUUGUCUAUUCCUUGAAGAAGAAAAAAAAUACGAAAACUGCAAAUCAUUUAAAAUUUUAUAGAAUUUUAUAUUUACGAAAGGUGGUCAGACAAACAAUAAUAUUAAAAAAAGCAUGUCACAAGAAGAAGAAAAAACAGGAAGUGCUUCGUUAAGACUGAAUUUGUGUGUAGCGUUAAACCGACGGCCGCGCGUUUCCGAUUCCCGAGCGACUGGAACGAUACUACCAGCUACCUGUCAAAAUGUGUUCUAGUUCAAGAGCAGUAGUAGACUUGCUUCCACCCCCGCCGUUCUCAAUCUAUCUCAUUUUAUCACAAAAUGGGUCGAAGCAUGCUCGUUGGUCAACUGUUGCAAGGAAUAACCAAAUAAGAGAAAAAAACAAAACCCACCCGGUAGCCUGGCCUGCACGCUCUGUCCGUUGCGAAAUGCGCGCCACCGUUCGGAUCAAAUUCAGAACUAUACAUUAUUGAACCAAGCACAUAUUGAAAAGGAACAAAAACGUCUGUUUCGUUGUGUUUAGUCAAAUGUUGAGGUCUGUUGAAUGUGGUUGAGAGCCGACGAGGAGCGACAUUAGCGAGGAAAUUGUGAAACGAAAACAAACAAAAAAAAAAAAACACUAGAAGAACAGAACGUACUUUGUGAUUAUUAUAAUAUUUUGACACAAAAUGGAGAAACAGUGAAAACACUAAUCUUAAGAAACGAACAUGAUUUGUAGAUAUAGUUUCCAUUAAAAACAAUAUUUUAGAAAAAUAUUAGUUUUAAUCAUAAAAAGAACGAAAAAUGCCACAAAAAUCAAUAAAACUUAUAAAAUACAACAAAAAAAAAUUGAAACCACAAUUCAUGAUAAUAUUCUAGCCUUAUUUAAAAUUAAUAUUAAAAAAAUGAAACUAUAUAUUACGAAGUGAAGAAAAGCAAGAAAAAUGAACCUAUGAAAGUGAUUAAUAUUGAGCAUUACUUUACGAACAUAUAUUAAUAAGUAAGAGGCAUUGAUUAUAUAACAUCUGAAGUGUAAAAAAGGAAAAAAUAAAAUAUCUAUUAUGUACAUGCAGAA